UCUUUUAUCAAUAUCAUCACCAUGAAGUUAGAAAGGGAAACAACCCUAAUCAAAUCCCGAUCCCCUUUUUGGCGGGUUCCACCGUCUGCUUUCGCCGACAAACAUAUUCUGGCGAGCCUCUCUUCUUUUUCCCCUCCUCUAUCCGUCUAUUGUCUUCCUCUUUAAUGAUGACUGAACUCGACAUCACAUCAGCGAUAUCACCGGACCAACGAAAUGCGUCGAGUCCGAGUUCGUUUCUUCACUCUACAACCUCCUUGCCGAUUGAAUCUGUCAUUGGGGAGAUUCCAAUCUUACCUGGAAUGUCUUCGGUUCAACCCACAGGUGCUGUUAAUGCCUCCAAUGCUAUCACAGAGUCUGCAGCUCAAAUGACAGAUUAUGCUCCGGCUGAUGUCUCUAAGGUAAUAUAAUUCCACCUUCUGAGAUACUUCCACCAGAGUUCAAGGAAGAUGGUCAAUUACGGUUCCCAUGGGCAGCAAAGAUGGCCCCAACAAUUCGCAACCUUUAUCGUACAACAUCACCAACUUAUUUGGAGGAUGGUACUCCCAUGGUCGAGAUUCCUAAUCAUGUUUUAGCGCAGGGAUUAGAAAAUCAGAAGGAAUUUUUGGUUGGUCAGUUUAUUAGAUGUUAUAUACCAUCUGGAGGUGUCAUACAUGCUGUCGCUAACAGGAUUUGGGGUAAGAAGUGUAAGAUCUUCACUCGUAAAUUAGGUGACUCCUCGUUUUUUUUUCACAUCCCACAUGAGUCUACUAGAACUUGGGUGUUGGAGCGUGGUCUAUGGCAUAUUGACGAUUGCAUUAUGUUUGUGGCACUUUGGACUCCUACUGCUUCUUUAGCUUUGCCUGAGAUCACUUCAGUUCCGGUAUAGGUGACUUUAAAGAAUAUCCCAAGCUGUCUUUAUUCAUACUGGGGAAUUAGUUGGAUAGCUUCAGGAUUAGGAGAACCCAUGCUAACCAACAAACCAAGGUUGGAUCCAACCCUUAUGGAUGAGGCCAAGUUGAUGGUGGAAGUGGAAUUAGACAGGCUUUUUCCACAGAGAAUUGCAGCUACUGACAAGUUCGGUAAUGUCUCAAUGGUAGAUGUUGAGUACUCUUGGCUCCCAAAAAAGUGUGAGAAAUAUGGUCACCUAGGACAUAAAGAAACUAGAUGCCUCAUUCUUCGCCAGUCCAAUACUGUCUCCAUUCUUUCAAAGGGUUCUCCCUCAGAGGUUGUUGCACCAGUUGAAGAGCAAACUGUUGUCUCUCCCUCAGCCAACUCCACUCGCUCUUCUCAAAAUGUUCAGAUAGAUAUUGUCUCUUCUUUAACUCACUCUUCUUUUAUAUCAGAGGAGGGACCAUUGACACCAACUACCAUUGUACAUGGCUUAUCUCCUUCUACUGCGUCUUUAAACGCCAUUUCUCUUCCCGCUACUUUGGCCUCUUCAAAGGCUGCACCAACUAAGACUUCUUCAAUGAUUGGCUCUCCUCCAGCUAUGGAUACUCUAGUUGCUUUUACCCAACAAGGUUCAUUGGUAACUGAAGCUGCGCAAGAGAAUAUUAUUGGGAGCAAUACGUUUGCUUCCUUAGAUACAUAUUCUGAGAUGGGUGACUUCACUCUAAAGACUCGAGGAGGGAGGUCAAUAAAACCUACGCAAAAAGUUCAAGAGAAUGAAUGGACUACAGUUGGAAGACAUGGCAAACGUGGCCGUGGUGGUCGUGGUUAAGCACCGUAGUUCCUUAAUUUCUUUUUCUGUAAUCUAGAAUACACUUGUGUGUUCUUAUCCUUUUAACUACUUUCAAAAACUAUAUGACCUCAAAGUCAUAUCCUUGUAUUACCUUUUAUGCAUUUAAUUUGAAAGCCUUUU